GACGCUAAAUUUGUAUUAAAUUAUUCUCAAAUGAGAAAAAGCAAUGCGACCCUUCCGCCAUGUUCUCUCUAAAGAGAGCGACAAUCGAAGAUAAUGAAACGAAAAAGCUGAUACAAAAUGAUAAAGAACUUAGUGUCAGCAAAAUUCAAAGCAACCGUUUGUCAGAGAACUUCAAACGAUGCAUUCCAAGGUCUUGGGCAACAAAGCUGUAUGUUACUGAGAAGCCAUUUCCUAACUGCCUAUUGAAGAGUAUCAUUGGUUUCCUGGGCGGGUUUGCACUGACCUAUCUUUGCUUCAUUUUCUUUGUAUUUCAAUUAUCAAUAUCUUUGCUACAUGCAACGUUUAUGAGUUCUAUUAUUGGCGUAUUACUCACACUUGGAUUGGCCUUUAGCAACAGAAUAAGAUGUCUGGUGUUGUUGCUGAUACCUCAGUUCUUCUCCCGCAUAGGGAGAUACAGCUUGACCUGCUAUGCCCUGGUUCUCAUCCUGACCGGACCUGCAACCAACAGCUUGAGGAAUUCUGAAGUUCUAACGGAAUCCAUGGCUUGCAGUCAGGAACAGAUAAAGUUGAGCGUGCGACAAGUCAGUGACUCUGUGAAAAAUCCUUUCCGAGUCAUCAAAGAGAACGUGCAGUCGAUGUUGGCGAAGAUGAACCAGGUCAGAGCAGGUGUUGGGGUUACUCUGUCAAGAAUCAAACAUCUUGUGCAUAAUAUCGGUGACGCAAUACAGUCCACAUUUACAUGGCUACGGGAGAAGGCGAACUCUUGCAACAAAAACCUUGGCACUCCUUACGACCACUGCAUCAACGCACUGAAAAGUGGUGUUCCCAGCUGUAAGAAAGUUCUGGGGCCAAUGUAUACCUGGCUCUGCAAUAUAUCAAUAGCAGAACCCGCUUGUGGGGUCGCCAAGAGACAUGAGACUAUAUGCGUUGUUGAAGACUUUGCUGAAAGCUCCUUUUCUGCUACUGUUCGGAGAAAGCUUAGAGACUUCAUGCAGCGGAUUAAGGACAUGCUAUUUGUGCACAUUGAAUUCCGCAACACGUAUACGAUAAGUGGCAACACGAGUCACGCUGCGAGUCAACUGGCAGCCGGCAUCGUCACCGAGAUCCGGAACCGAGCUGAUUCGCUACUGACCUGGCUCUCUUGGAGCUCUUGCCUCGCCAGCUUCUUCUUUCUACUGAUUAUCUUCAGAGCUAAAUACUACCAGCAUAUGUACGAAACUCGAUCCAGGUACGACAACCGAUAUUUCACAAAGGAGUUUUAUGAGCUCGAUUUGAAGCGGCUUCAAGAGGGACGAGAUACUAUCCUACCUCUGAGCAGGAGAGAGAGAACCAAAUAUAUCCCAAUGUCGUCACUGAAACUUAUACCAACGGAAAAAGUGUUUCUGACCAGAUCUGUUGUAUUCAUGAUGAUAACAACCUUCAAGCUGCUCAUCCACAUGAUCGCAGACUACAGCCUCUACUGGGUCCUCAUCACCAUACGGCAGAAUGGGAAAUACCAACCACUAACUGGUCCAUUUGACACUAUCAAAGUAUUGGGAACAGGAUUUCCUGCAGAACUUCUAAAGUCCAUUGUCAAUGCAUUAACAGUACCUUUGUAUGUCUCCUCUACAUCGUCUACCAACUGCCUGCCGAAUCCAUUUACGCCAGAUUUCAGACGGUAUAUCCAAAUUGGAGUUCUCAUUAUUAUGCUGUGGCUCUUUGCAUUAUUCGAGCCAUACGGUCUGAGACUGCGCCACGUGAUUAUGGGCCACCACAAUCCAGAGCGGGCGAAAGCACGCGCCAAUUGGCUUUACAACCACAUAUUGAGGACCAGAGCUAGCUUCAUGAAGUUGGCAAGACGGAAGUUGCACCGGGAAUUCAAAUAUCGCACCGAAGAGCAUCUUACAUUCACACAUUGGCUGGAUUCUCAUUUACCGUGGCGAUGCCUUCGCUACGUUCUGGGAACCUUGCCAAAGGAGCCACACUGCCUGCUUUGCGAUAUUACAGAAACAGAAUUAGACGCAGGCACGGAAUUGAACAAAUGUGGAACGCCAUCCUGUCCCGGAAUAUAUUGCAGAAGUUGCUUCACUGAUAUAGGAGACCUGUGUACGAUAUGCAUGUCUCCUGAAGAAUACGGGGACUACAGUGACAUUAGCCUAGAGACAGGAUCUACAGAUGAUAGCAGCGAUGAGAGUGAACUAAUAGGUGAUUCCAGUAAAGAUUUUCUGCACCUUACAAUAAAAGAUAGUGCCAGAAAUAGAACACGAAAUACACAACAAUUUGAUGCUAAAAUUCCCAAACAAUCUAAGGGAAAUGUGAAUGAAGAGACACAUUCAUUAACAGCUUAUGUAAAUGAUAAUGGAUGUAAAAGAUUUAAUGCUAUUGAUAAGUGUCAUGUUGGAAAUAAAGAUUCUUUAUAUGUGGUCGUAAACACUCUCCUAGAGUGUAAAGGUGAACCUUUCCAUCAAAAAUCGAAGAAAUCUAAACAAAGUUGCAGCAUUAACCUAAGUGGUAAGUUCAGCUUCAAUGAUCUGUGUUUGUGCAAAUUAAAGAACUUUCACAAAAAAAGAUAUAAUCCCCAUAAAAAUAGAAGGCGGAACCUUGAAUUUAGUACACAGCGGCCGUUUUGUCAAUUAUUUACACAUUUUUACAACCCUAAUCCUCAAUUAGUGUGUUUUCAUGGAAAUUUGCGUAAACCUAAAGGAAACCCCAAUUAUUUUAGUAAAAAUUCUAAGUUUAUAAGAAAACUGAAAUUUCUAAAUUACCGACGAACAAAAUUCAGAAGGAGUUUGAAUAAGAUUCUAAGCAAGACGCUACGAAGUAAAUAUAAAAAUACGACAAAUAAAUUUGGAUGUAAACAUACAAGUGGAGAAUGUGAGAAAAAAAAUAAGAAAAUUAAUAAAAAUAAAGAGGUCACAGAAAAAGAAAAUAAUGUGCACUGUAAAGAUAAUUCUUAUUCCAGAAAAAAUACAAACACGAACAAAAAGAAGCUAUCCAAAAAACAAUUUAAAAUACAUAAAGAAGAUACCCUUACUAAUAACGACAGAAACUCUACUCGUACUAGUACAUUUGCAUGUUUCAAAAAUCUAACAAGCCUAUUUAAGAAUAUAACUCUAUUUACAUAUACUAGAAAUUCGUAUAAAAAACGUGAUAAAAAUUUCAAAAAAAGAAAAAAGAAAGUUGGUAUUGCAUCUAAAUUAUAUAAAAACUUAACAGAAAGUGAAAGUGACAGAAAUUAUAGAAUAUCAGCAUAUUUAUCUGAUUGCCUAUGGGCUAAGGCCAAUAAGAAGGACCUUAUUAAUGGCAUAAUGAUUAAAGAUAGAUUACAGGAUUUUAAUAGAACACCAGAAAGCAAAGUUAUCAUCAAUAAAUCAAAGAAUUCAUUCGCAGAUAGUUCUGACAAUGCUAACCUAGAUGUAAAAAUAAGGAAGAAAAGAAGCAUAAAAGCAAACUUCGUAACAGGAAUAUUGGUGAAAAAUUCAGGCCUUUUUAGAAAGAAGGAAAACCCUGAUUCUCUAUUAGAAAAUAAAUCUGUCUUUAAAAGGAAAGAAGUAGCUAGCGAUAUUCCAAAGGCAUUGUCUCUCUGUUUUUCAGUUGAGUCAAAAGAUGAAAUUAAGGAUAAUCCUGAUAAUCUUUUAAUAGAAACUCAUUUAAAUAAAUCGAAAAAUCAAUUUGAUAAUAAGGCCGAAGAUAUAAAUAAUAGAAUGCAUAAAACAGAUCUUGAUGUAUCCCGAAGAGUAGAUUUUUAUCGCGCACUUGGGAAUGAAUUUGACAGCACGGAUAAGAGUGGACUGAAAAUUCCUGUGGCAAAAAGCUGUAAUGAACAAAAACCUAUGGAACUGAAAUCGCAAGAAAGUCAUGGCAAAUCAUCGGAAAAGGAUGCAAAAUCUGAAGAAAAAUCAAUUCAUUGUUCUUCAUCGAAUACGGUACAUGUAAAUGAGAAAGAGAUCCGUCGCUUUGCCAAGAUAUUAAAAUCUGCUAAUAUUCUCCGAAGUGUAAGAAUAGCUAUCUCGGAGCAUUUUCUGCAUAUAAGGCUGAAAAAUCCACUUCCCAUUAUCAAAGAAACGUAUGCAUUGCUAACUGCAGCCCAAAACAAGAAUGAAAAUAAAUCAAAGAAGUAUAAAGGAGACGCAAUGAAAAAUUUGACGAAAGAAGCUAAAAAAGAAGUUUCAGAUAAAGCUGUUAAAGCGACUCCGCAAGUGUCUUCAAGCUCCUGUCAAUAUAAUGUAAACGAUAUCAAGCAAGGGACAGUGUCCAAGCCAGAGGUUUCAACUAAAAAGCUAACUCAGCAGAGAAGAUUUGAUUCUGAUGGAAAAACUAUUCAGAAAGCAUGUCCCUGCUACUGCAGUACUAGAAAUUGUCAAAUAAAAUGCAAACCACAUAAAGUUUGCUGCAUAUCUCCCUCAAGUAGACAGGAUAAUACCGAAGACAACAGCACCACAGUAUGUAGUGUCGUAGUAAUCACUCAUCCAAAACCACGGGCCCGAAGAAAAGUUACAAAGAUUAAAGUCAAUCUUGUGACUAAAAGCAGUAAAGCAACCACAACUGAGAAAGAUGGGUGCCAUGACAUUAGCACGGCUACUGAAGAUUGGUGGAGUCCUCUGGUUGAAAGGAAGCCAUUGCGUAUUAUUGAUGUUGGAGAUACCAGGAGAAAGAGAAUAAGGAAGAAAGAAAACAAGGGAAUGUACACUGAUAGACGCAUAGUGAAGUUUUUGAGCAAAGCUCAGAUUAUACCGAGCGAAGCUGGUAUAGAAUACGUGCUAUCACCGUCUAAAUAUCUACUUGAGUCGCAAAAAUAUUAUAAUGAGCUGUUUUCAACGAAUCUGUUCGUGCCACAUGCCUUUCCUCUUAUCAUUAAAUCGAAAGAUGGCGAAAAAUUUACAGCUGGUAGGCCGAAAGCUCGCAAAAGUCGAAAAACAAAAAGAUUGGAUGAACCAUCUCGUACAAAGCAUUUCCGGACACACAGUCAGAAUACCCGGUCGCAAGAAACAACUCGGAGCAAGAGCAAUGUAACACAUCAUCAACCAUAGAUCAUAUGAGUUCUUACAGUAAACUACUUUCCAUGAAGCUCCUUCUUUGAUGUCGCUUUCAUAAGAGAGGGGGGUCUUAACUUAAACGUGCUUUUCGUAUUUAAAUUAUUUAGAUACAUGAUGUUGGUACUUAAUACUGGCCGUGUUUAAUUAUUGACAACGAUAUUACAAUGUGAUUAAGCUUUUCUAAACUAUUUUUCAAGAGUUCCUGAUCACUGAUUAUCUAUUGGGUGAACGUCUGUUAAAUAAGAAUUGCCUUACGUUUAAAUCUAAGGCUGAGAUCUGUAGAGGGUAGACUUAGACUUUAAUACCUUGCUGAGUGUGAUAAAACGUGAUCUAGGCUUUUGUAUUGGGCUGUCUUAGCAUAAGCUCAGCAUAAUUUCAACUGUCAAAUGACUAUAAAAACCACUGACCUCCGCUUUAAGCCUCUGGACUGACGGCUGUCAAAUUGCUUUUGUGCCUGUACGAUAUUCGCUAUUUUGGCGCUGUUCGCCAUGUAGCGAGAGUCUGCGGUACUAAAACUAGUGAUGACAACCUCCGCAAAUAUUGAUAGAUGGUGGGAAACUAUUUACAAAAAAAAAUUGUGUACUUUAUUACAUACUUGAAGUAUAAAUACCACGGAAAACGAACGAAAUUAAUUCAAAAUGCAAUAAUUUUUCCUAGACUUGUACGCUUCACUCGUAGCCAUUUGUAUUAUACGUUAAAAUUAGUUCUCUGGACGCUCGCGAGUGCACAAAAAAUUUUGCUGUCAAACAUAUGGAACAGCCUGUCCAGUGGUACCUAUUUGUAGAGGUCAGUGAUAAAAACGAAAUCAAAGAUUAUGUAUGCUAAAUUCACACUCAGUUGAAUUUUUUACGUAAGUAAAGUCUGAGCAAAGUCUCAGUACGUUCUAUAGAUCUCAUUCUUAUUAUCUUCUUGACAUGAAGAAUUAUUUCUUGGUGAAUUUUUAGAAGUUAUUUUUUUUUUCAAAAGUACCAGAAAACAUGAGAUACACGUAUGCAUACAUAUAUUUUGUUACGAUGGAUUGAAUUGUAGAAAAUAUAAAUAUUACCUUUUUGGAAUAUACUAAUUACUUAAGUAGGUAAGUUAGUCGUACACGGUUGUACCACGUACGAUGUGAGAUCUUUUAUUGCAUUAUACGUACGUCUAUAUCUAAUGUUAGAGAAUAAUUAUUGUUGAUAAUACUUAAUAUUACCUAUAUUAUUUUCGAGGUUUUUCUUGG